AUGGCAGAGGCCAAGACAGGUGUCUUCUGGGACAUGGAGGAUUGCCCAAUCCCUGAAGGUCUGGAUCCUGGUUCGGUUUACCGGAAUAUCAAAUCAGCUCUCGCAAACAAUGGUUAUGGUGGCGAGGUGACAAUCUGUGCUUUCGGUGACAAGAAUCAGAUCCCUGGUUACUUCGAAUCGGCCGGAAUCGAGCUCGUACGCGCAGGAGAUAAACGUGCGAGGCUUCUAGGAAUGAUGAAUGACUUUUUUAGCUGGGUAAGGCAAAACCGUGGAGCUGGAUCGUCAAAUCUGAUGGUAAUCUCACAUGACACCUCGGAAUUCGCCUCUUGUCUCGAUGGUUUGGCAGAGAUUGGUCAGAGAAUUCUACUAGCACAGCCUCGAAUGACACCAAGAAGAUGUCGCAAGUGCAGAGUUAACACCGCAAGUGCAGAGUGGCUUUGGGAAACCCUAGCUGCUGGAGGAGAUCCCAUUGUCAUCCCCAAAGACCCUUCUCACGACCAUCAUUAA